UGCCUCAGCCAGACUGGCGAAGCGACUGCAUGUCACACAGUUCGCAGGGUGGAUGGUUUGCUUAAGCAACAAGUACCGAACUUCUUAGGUUAUAUGGUCUAACGAUUCAUGCCUAAAAUUUUAUUUUAAAGGCACAAUGGAGUCCCGCAUGAAAGAAAAGUCACUUCUUUGGAAAUGGUGUGCCUGCAGAGGGAUGUAAUACUUUAAUUCGUCUGUGGAUUGCAUAAUGCGGGGACGUCUCCUUCUACCGUUAUUCUGUCAAGGUCUGGAUUGAGUACAACAAGGAGCAGAAGGACACCGAGGCUUUCCGAAUUAAUGCAUUCCUUGUCCCUUUUUUGAAAGAACAAAACACUUAGUGGAUUUUUAUGGAUAUACCUGGGUUCUGUGGAUAGAUUAUGCAUUCAACAGGAUGGGAGCGAACAAUGGUAAAAACUAUGGAAGUGAGGGCAAAGGCAGUUCAAGCAUCUCAUCCGACGUGAGUUCAAGUACAGAUCACACACCGACAAAAGCUCCAAAGAAUGCGGCUACCAGCGAAGAUUCUGACCUGAGCAUGCGGACGCUGAGCACGCCCAGCCCUGCUCUAAUCUGCCCGCCCAGUUCACAGGCAUGCAUCAACGGGAAGGACUCGUCCACCUCCUCUUCCUCUGUUACUGGGGAGACCAUCGCCAUGGUGCAUGCCCCUCCUACCACCUGCCUGCCCCACCCCCACAUACGGCCCGCGUCCAGGCAGCAGAAGGAGCAGGCUCCCAUCGACAUCCUGCCCGACCACUCCUUCAUCCAGAUCUUCUCCCACCUGCCCACGAACCAGCUCUGCCGCUGCGCGCGGGUCUGUCGCCGCUGGUACAACCUGGCCUGGGACCCGCGGCUAUGGAGGACUAUCCGCCUGACGGGGGACAUGGUGAAUGUGGACCGCGCCCUGAGGAUCCUGACUCGCCGGCUGUGCCAAGACACGCCCAACGUGUGCCUCAUGCUGGAGACGGUCAUCGUCAGUGGCUGCCGGCGUCUCACCGACAGGGGACUCUACACCAUUGCGCAAUGCUGCCCCGAGCUGCGGCGGCUGGAGGUGUCCGGCUGCUACAACAUCUCCAACGAGGCCGUCUUUGACAUCGUGUCGCGUUGCCCCAACUUGGAGUAUCUCGACGUUUCGGGCUGUUCCAAGGUGACCUGCAUCAGCCUGACGCGGGAGGUCUCCGUCAAGCUGUCCCCCCUGCACGGCAAGCAGAUCUCCAUCCGCUACCUGGACAUGACGGACUGCUUCGUGCUGGAGGACGAGGGGCUGCACACCAUCGCGGCGCACUGCACCCAGCUGACGCACCUGUACCUGCGCCGCUGCGUGCGCAUCACCGACGAGGGCCUGCGCUACCUGGUCAUCCACUGCGGCGCCAUCAAGGAGCUGAGCGUGAGCGACUGCCGCUUCGUCAGCGACUUCGGCCUGCGGGAGAUCGCCAAGCUGGAGUCCCGGCUGCGCUACCUCAGCAUCGCCCACUGCGGCCGCAUCACGGACGUGGGAAUCCGCUACGUGGCCAAGUACUGCACCAAGCUGCGGUACCUCAACGCGCGGGGCUGCGAGGGCAUUACGGACCAUGGCCUGGAGUACCUGGCGAAGAACUGCGCCAAGCUCAAGUCUCUGGACAUUGGCAAGUGCCCCCUGGUGUCCGACGGCGGCCUGGAGUUCUUGGCGCUCAACUGCUUCAACCUGAAGCGGCUCAGUCUCAAGUCGUGCGAGAGCAUCACCGGCCGGGGGCUGCAGAUCGUGGCGGCCAACUGCUUCGACUUGCAGCUGCUGAACGUGCAGGACUGCGAAAUCUCGGUGGAGGCUCUGAGGUUCGUCAAGCGCCACUGCAAACGCUGCGUCAUCGAGCACACCAACCCUGCUUUCUUCUGAGAGGGAGAGCAGCACCCUUUCAACACAGCUGGGAGGGAGACCAAAACUUCUGGGAAGGGUGUGCAAUACAGGUUUGUUUGUUUUCAGUGCCGUUGGCAAUACUCCAUUGUACUAGAUCACGAGGUGAAACGCUCAUACGCAACAACGAAGGACGGUCUACGUACCAGUGUAAUUAAGAUUUCUGCUUUGUUUUUUCAUCUACGUUUUCGUUAAAUUAUUUUCGAUUUUCUCCCCAACAAUAGGCAAUCUAUGAGUUCUUCGUUUGCCAACUCAAAAUCAGUAUAUCAUGUACUGUACUUGAAGUAAUAAAAAAUCAUUUUCAUAUGGUAUAUACUGUACAUGUACAGGGCUUCUGUUGUUCUUUUCUGUUAUCCUAUAAGAUUUCAGUUAAUAUUUGUUCAAGGCAUAUUUCCCAGAUUUCCCAACCUACAACUGAAACAUCAUUUUUUGUAAAUCAUCCAUGCUUUAUUUUUCAUUUACAACUACAAUGUGUGCAAACAAUAUGGAAACUUUUGCAUUCACUUUAAGUGUAAGAUGAAUCGGGACUUUUUAACACCUGAUUAAAGGGGUAUCUCUAAUUGUGCUCAAGCAAAGGAGGGUUAAUCAAUCACAAAAUCUUUGCUUGCUUGCAGUUUCUGCAUUGUACUUGUAAAUAAAAAAGUAAGAGCAAUUUUACAGGACAGAUUAGUGAUUAAACAGCACAAACCCACAUGUCAAAUCUAUUCCUCUGUCAUGCUUUUUGUCAGCUGGGCCUGAAGUUUUAAAUGGGUGUCUAGUUUGUGAAGAAGAGAACAUUUGAGGAGAGAAUAUCAAAAUACAAAAUCCCUUAAUUAAGUCAAGAAGCUCCAUUAAAAUUAAACGUGUUGCAAAUGUAGCAGAUUUCAUGUAAUAUAAAGCUUAGUCUGUGAGAUGACAUCAUGUACCACUUGUUAGCCAUAUUUAAAGCUAUAAAAAUGUACAGUCAUUUGAUAGCAAUACAGUACUUUACAUUGCUGUGUAACUAGUAUGCUAAAAGGACUUUUUCACAAUACAAUUGCACUUUCAGAACUAUUGUGCAACAUGCUUUAGUGUUUGACAACUUGAUUUUUCUACAUACAUUAUAAAUAAUUGUUCAAUUAUUAUGUCAAAAGACUGUAAGAUGUAAAAAUGAUUUUGUAUGCUCUCAUAUUACUGUCUUAAGACACCUCUCCACCCCUUAUUGUAUGCCUUUGGUAUGAAGCCAGUGCAUUUAUUUAUCAGCAAGCUAACGUGGAGAUUGGUUGAUCAUAUUUCUCCCAGUAACUGUUUUUAAACCACUCAAAACUAGAAAAAAAAAAUCCUUGUGUAACAGAUUUCCCUUUUUCGUUAUCUUUCGGAAAAUGUUAAUUAUUCUCAGCAACACACAACAUAUGCAAUUGUUCAUGACACAGUUUUUUUUUUACUCUCAUACAAGGAAAGUUGGUAAUGUUUACUAUAAACCAUGUAGUCAUACCGCUUUGUCUGUUAUGAAAAAAUCUGAUAUAUGGCCACACUAAUUAUUUUGUAAAUGACUCUAUUUCUAAUAUUGGUUAAAAUUUCGAAGGAAAUAGUUGUAUUUUAUAGGAAAAUACCUCAAUUGGCAGAUUCUUGCAUGCUGUCACUACAAGAUAUGUAAUCCUAGAUUGGAAACUUUUACAUUCAGUGCUUGUAAUAUAAAUUGCCUGAUAACCAGUGUUAAUAUGGAGUGAUUUAAUGUUCUUUUCCUUUAAAAGUCCCCCUGCACCUUUGUUUGAAUACUUGUAUAUUGUGCUUUGCAACUACUGUCUGGACAAUCAUUUGUUGCAUUCAAGUCUUCCUUCGGCAUUAAUCGUUUUUUUUCUGCAAAAUCAGAACGUUUCAGAUCAUCUGCUCAAUGUUAAAAGUAAAAAUAUAAAUGUAAAUAACCAAAAUAAGGGUGAACUGUAAUGCUUUUGGAACAGUUUUUUUUUUCUUUUCAAAUAAUCUAAU